AGAGCUUCCAACUUCAUCCUUCAUCCAAGGAAGAAUCUGCCUCGGUGAUCAGACCCCUCUUUGAUAAUUUCUGGCAGUUUCAUCAGCUACAUGGAGCCAGAAAACCAAACAGGUGUUUCAGAAUUUAUCCUCCUUGGACUGUCAGAAGAUACAGAAGUGCAGUCGCUCCUCUUUUGGCUGUUUCUGGUGAUGUACCUGGUCACUUUCUUUGGAAACUUGCUCAUCAUCCUGGCCAUAUUCUCUGACUCCCACCUCCACACACCCAUGUACUUCUUCCUCUCUAAUCUGUCUUUUACAGAUACGUGUUUUAUCUCCAACACUAUCCCAAAGAUGCUGUUGAACAUCCAGACAAAGAGUAAAAUCAUAACCUACGAAAACUGCCUCACCCAGAUGUGCUUUUUCAUUCUUUUUGGAGAACUGGACAACUUUCUCUUGGCUGUGAUGGCCUAUGACCGCUUCGUGGCCAUCUGUCACCCCCUGCACUACACGGUCAUCAUGAACCCCCGGCUCUGUUGCCUCCUGCUGCUGGCUUGCUGGUUAUUGAGUAUUCUGGUUUCUCUUUUACUUGUCUUAAUGGUUUUGCAAUUGUCUUUUUGUACCGAGUUGGAAAUCCCCCACUUUUUCUGUGAACUUGAUCAAGUAGUCCACCUUGCUUGUUCAUACACCUUCCUUAAUGACCUAAUGAUGAAUUUUGCAACUGGAAUCUUGGCAGCUAUUCCCCUCAUUGGUAUCCUUCUCUCUUACUCUAAGAUUAUAUCCUCAAUUUUGAGAGUUUCAUCCAUUGGGGGCAAGUGUAAAGCAUUUUCCAACUGUGGGUCUCACCUCUCUGUAGUGUCCCUGUUUUAUGGUACAGUUCUUGGAGUAUAUCUUAGUUCUGCUUCUACUCAAAACUCAAGGACAAGUGCAAUAGCUUCAGUGACAUACACAGUUGUCACACCCAUGCUGAACCCCUUUAUCUAUAGUCUUCGAAACAAGGACAUAAAACAUGCCUUAAAAAAACUCUUCAGCUGA